AGUUUAGCAGUUGGUCGCGGUCGAUGCAGUUGGCAGCCGUGAAUUUAAAUCGAUACACAUUCUCUACAUGACAUAAAGGAAAAAAUAUAUACACAUACAACAUACACGCAUCCAGACCCCUCAAUAUUUAGCUGUUAGUGUUUGUGUUGUUUGUUCGAAUAAAUAUUUUCGUAGUUCUAGUAAUUGAAAGACGUAAUUUAGUGCGACUUGGGUUUUAAAUCUCCCCUACGAAUGACAUUAUUAUAUAGUUACCUACACAGUGUUUAGUGGAUUAUUUUUGGAGUACCAGUGCAAAAAAGUGCUAAGUAUGAAGAGACUCUAUUGGACGAUAUUACUGGUGCACAUGGUGACGGUGUUGGUACGUGCAGAACCGUCUGUGCACAUUUUGGCCGAAAAUUUGGAACAGAUCAUCACCUCAAGCACAUUAGAAUGGGUGGCGACUAAUGGCGAAGACAAAGAAGUUCUCAAAAAUGCCGUCGUAGCGGCAUAUCAAACUGUCGAAGAUCCGAAAGAUAACGAGGCAGAUUCGGACUCGUCCGGCGAGAGUACGAACGAGACGAACAGCGCCGGCCUGGCCCGUCGGCCCGUCUUCGUGUGCCGGGCCAAAUUCAACGGCGUUCUGGUGGCCGGCCAGCUGAGGCCGAGCCGGCAACGUCGCUGCAUCGUCUCGAUGUACAGGAGCGUCACAGAAACCGAGAAUUUCGACGUGCUGGUCAGCAUAGAGGGUAGCGCUAGGUUAAGCUGGGUGCACAAGAGCAAGUACACGCUGAUAUCGCAGGGGGCUGUGACCAGCGGCGAAAAUAUACAGAGGACGUUCGUAGCAAGAAGGCCGACCAACGGACACGAUCAGGAAGGGUCUUUGUCCCACUAUGUCGGCAAAUUCAAUUCGAACGACAACUUGGGCAUGUUCUAUGUUGUGGACCAAAACAACAUCGAAAUCCAGUACGAAGAAGGGGAAAUCCUAGUGGAAACAGAACCAGUCCGAUACGAACUGAAAUCCAUCAGAUACGAGCACACUCGCAAACGCCAACCGAAAAAAUCCAAAAUCCUCGGACACGCCACGCUGAAGAACGAAGAGGGCUCGCUGCAAAGGGUGGACAGCGUCAUCAGCUUCGCGUACGACUACUCCUUGUUCUGGGGCAAAGGGCACGGUCUAUCUACCGGCCUGCCAUUGAAAGUUUACCUGGCCAACGGCACGCAAAUCGAGGGCUCCUGGGCCAUUCCCAUCGUCAGGCAACAAGUGGAAGUGGCUCCCAUUGAAAGAUACCUGGAGUCAGGCACUGCCGUAAACGUCACCCUUAUGGGCAACUACACGGAAUCGGAGAUCGCCUACGUCGCCACCAUAGUGUGCGUGUACGCGGACAACGAACGCAGAGAAAUCACCAUACGAGAUACGAAGAGGGAAAACAAAAUGGUGGACGUCGUGGCUGUCUACGAUCCCGUUUAUUUCGUCCACAACAACAGUCACGUGCCGACGACCACUACCACCACGACUACUACGACUACCACUACGACCACCACCACGAAAAGCACUUCGACCACCCAAGAAGUGGUGCCGAUAGUGUCCCCGGAGACAGUUGACAAGGGAAUAGCAGAUUCAUUUUCGAUAGAGAACAGGAACGUCCUCUCUGACGGGCAAACCUCGAAGCGGGACAACUCGUCUCUGAAGAAGGAGGAAGCCGAAACUGGGGAGAGCAAGAGCCGAUCUAGCCGAAGCGGAGCGCUAGGACUUGUCACCAUAAUGACGAUAAUCGUCUUAUUGAGAGUCACGUAAAUGACGUAAGAACCGCUAGUGAUUGAAGCGAGGGUAUGUGGUGUUUCUUUUGGAACCCAAAAAACAGACCAUUUCUGAUAUGAAGAUUUUGAUUUUAUCUCGAGAGUCGAUUUCACAUUUACGUCUGAUUGUAUUUACUUUCUGUAUUUUCUGUAUUUACUAUCAUUAUUCAUUCAUUGGCCAUAUUCAACUUGAUAUGAAAUGCAACAAAACCAAUCAAUACACAAUCUUUCAAAGAAAAGGUCAUUAAAUUAAGAAUGUAUUAUCUAGCAGGUAAUAAUGAAAGAUAAGGAAUUAGAAAUUCAAAAUUCUCACACCUUUUCAACGUUUUCUGAGGUUACUGACCUCCCUAAUGGGAUAUCAAAUUGUGGAAAAAUUUAAAUUGAGAUAUAAUCUGAGAUAUGGUCAAGUUUAUUGGGUCCCAGGCAAACACUUUCAAUGGCAGCUUUUAUCAAAUCUAAUCAACCGUCUCAUUACAGUGUAGACCAGCUGUUGUUUUGCUAUUUUUUCUUUGUGGAUUAUUUUUUCAAAGAGUUGUAUAUAAACUUUGUAAAUAAGUGAGGGAUUGGUGGAGUGAUGUAUGACAUCGUCCAAUUGAGGAGGCCUUUUUAUUUAUUCCAGUGUCUGGCGUGGAAACAUGAUGUACAUUGUUGUUCAUGAAAAUGAAAGUUACCUAAUUUACUUUCAAAAUUUGCAACUUGUCCAUUUGUUCAUUCAGAUAUAUGCUCACAAAACUAUGUGUUCAUAUUUUAUGGACAACAGUGGACAUUCACCACUAGAAAAAAAGCUUUGAUGAUGCAUUGAACUAAAAAAUAUCAUGAUGUUACAGGUACAAUGUUUUUUUUUUCAUGAAUACCUUCAGUGCUCUCUACUGUGACUUGUACUAGAUACGUAAAUUGUAUUCCAUUUAUGUCAUGUACCUAUGAUGAUUAAUUUGUUUUUUUGUAAAAAUUCAUUUUCACAAAAUUGAAAUCAAAGUGAAUUGUAUUGUAUAAACAUAUCCAUUUCAUUAUUUGCAACUUGAACAUGUUUAUUAGCCAGUUAGAAGCAAUCAAAAACACAUAAUUCUAAAACAAGUUGUCUGAAAAAAUUAGACAUCUAUAAAUAAUAAUGAGUUUUUUCAUACAUACUGUGAAACGGGCAGAACUGAAAUCAGUCCAAAGCAAGAUGAAAAUAUAUUUUGCAAGAAAAGUGGUAGAUUUGUAAUGUGUGGUAUAUAUUUUUGCUAUACAUGAUGCUGUUACUUUUUUUCAGUAUUUAGUAGAAUGUAAACUGUUUGGCACAAGCCUCAAGUUUGAAAAAGUGUAAUGUCUGAUUGAUGUUUAAAUGUAUCAAAAUGUUUGAAUUUCUUCUUUACUAAGUACAAAAUUGUGCACAACAUUUCCUAUACAUUUUACACAUACAAAAAUUGAAGCAACAAGAAAAAUAUUCAAUGAGCUUGAAUAAUAAUAUAUAGAUUGUGUAAAUUGUAUGAGAAGAACUAUUGUACAUCCUAAGUCUAGUAAACAUUUUUUUAAACUUGUAUAUAUAUGUUCAAAUAUUGAUUCAGUUCAAAUGAAACUUUCUAUUCCUGUCCUUGAAAAGUAAAACUAUACCAUAUCUUUUCUUCAUAACCCAU